AUUCUCCCAUCACCCACCCGUCACUCCAAACGAACCAAACAAAAAUCAAAACCCUCUCCACCGCCGUCGUCGUCUUCUAAACCGGCCGCCCACUGCUUUCUCUCCUACAACCACCAUCGCCGCCUGCUUCUUCAUCCGCCAUGGACGUCAUCUCUUCCUCCUUCGCUGUGGAAUUUAAUCCUCUCGCUUCUCCCGCAUGGAACUCGCUCCGCCGCCGCCGCCACCAGCGCAUCCCUCUCUCCUCUGCUUCUCCUCGGCGCAGCGCCGUCCUCUGCUCCGCACUCAAGUCCUCCCCCUCGCUCAGCGUCGCCGAUUCCGCUUCCAGCGACUCGGCCGCUCGAAUCGGAUCGCUGAGUCAAGUCGCCGGCGUGCUGGGGUGCCAGUGGGGGGACGAAGGUAAAGGCAAGCUCGUCGACAUCUUGGCUCAGCAUUUCGACGUCGUUGCCCGCUGCCAGGGUGGAGCUAAUGCUGGGCAUACAAUCUAUAACUCUGAGGGGAAGAAAUUCGCCCUUCACCUGGUUCCCUCGGGGAUUCUAAACGAGGAUACACUCUGUGUUAUUGGGAAUGGGGUAGUGGUGCAUUUGCCUGGUCUGUUUAAGGAAAUUGAUGGUUUGGAGGCAAAUGGGGUGUCCUGCAAGGGAAGGAUAUUGGUCUCUGAUCGAGCUCACCUCUUAUUCGAUUUCCAUCAAGAGGUGGAUGGGCUGAGGGAGUCCGAACUUGCUAAAUCGUUCAUUGGGACGACCAGAAGAGGGAUUGGACCUUGCUACUCGAGCAAGGUCAUCCGCAAUGGCAUCAGGGUAAGUGACCUGAGGCACAUGGAUACUUUCCCUCAGAAGCUUGAUCUUUUAUUGUCGGAUGCUGCUUCGAGAUUCCAAGGGUUUAACUAUGGUCCAGAAAUGCUCAGGGAAGAGGUUGAGAAGUAUAAGAGGUUUGCUGAGAGAUUGGAGCCUUACAUUGCUGAUACUGUGUGUGUUAUGAAUGAGUUCAUCAGCCAGAAGAAGAAGGUUUUGGUGGAAGGUGGUCAAGCUACCAUGCUGGAUAUUGACUUUGGAACUUACCCGUUUGUGACGUCCUCUAGUCCAUCAGCAGGUGGGAUCUGCUCUGGUCUUGGUAUUGCUCCAAGGGUUCUUGGUGAUCUUAUCGGCGUGGUGAAAGCUUACACCACGAGGGUUGGUUCUGGUCCUUUCCCUACAGAGAUAUUGGGUCAAGGAGGCGAUCUCCUUAGGUUUGCUGGCCAAGAAUUCGGAACAACAACUGGCCGUCCUCGUCGUUGUGGUUGGCUGGAUAUUGUCGCACUGAAGUUUUGCUGCCAGAUUAAUGGCUUUUCUUCCUUGAACCUAACUAAAUUGGAUGUUUUGUCUGACCUUGCUGAAAUUCAACUGGGGGUUUCUUAUAAGCUACCUGAUGGUACACCAGUUAAGUCCUUUCCAGCAGAUCUUCGCUUGCUUGAACAGCUCAAGGUCGAGUAUGAGGUCCUACCAGGAUGGAAGACCGAUAUUUCUUCUGCUAGAAGCUACUCAGAACUUCCUAAGGCUGCUCAGAGAUAUGUCGAAAGGAUAGAAGAACUCGUCGGAAUACCAAUUCAUUACAUUGGUAUUGGCCCAGGACGAGAUGCUCUCAUCUACAAAUGA